GCCGGGGGCCGGGGAGGGGAGGGGGAGGGGGCGCGGUUUAGGCGCGCGGCGGCCGCCGGCGGGGCCAGAACUCGCGGGGAACCAUGGAGGGAAGCUACGAGGCCUGCGCGGCGGCGGCGGCCUGGGUGGCCGAGCGGGCUGGGGGGCCGCCCCCCACUUUGGGCCUGGUCUGCGGCUCCGGCCUGGGGGCCUUGGCCGAGGGGCUGAGCCGGCCCCAGAGCUUCGACUACGCCGAGCUGCCCCACUUCCCCCGCAGCACCGUGCCGGGCCACGCGGGGCGGCUGGUGCUGGGCUGGUUGGGCGGCUGCCGCUGCGCCGUGCUGCAGGGCCGCUUCCACCUCUACGAGGGCUACAGCCCCGCCCAGGUGGCGAUGCCCGUGCGGACGCUGCGGCUCCUGGGCGCCCGGACGCUGCUGCUGACCAACGCUGCCGGCAGCCUCCGGCCCGACCUGACGCCCGGCGACUUGCUGGUGCUGCGCGACCACCUCGACCUGCCCGGCCUGGCCGGACGCAGCCCCCUGGCCGGCCCCAACGACGAGCGGUUCGGGCCCCGCUUCCCGGCGGUGGCGGGCGCCUACGACGCGUCGCUGCGGGCCCUGGCGCUGCGGCUGGCGGCCCGGGUGGCCCCCGAGCUCCGGGCCCGGCCCGGCGUCUACUGCGGCGUCGGCGGCCCCGGCUACGAGACGGCCGCCGAGGGCCGCUUCCUGCGCCGCGCCGGCGCCGACGCCGUCGGCAUGAGCACGGUGCACGAGGCGGUGGCCGGGCGCCACUGCGGCCUGCGGCUCCUGGGGCUCUCGCUCAUCACCAACAUGGCCGCCGGCGCCACCCACGACGGUGACGAUGACGACGGUGACGACGGUCACGACGGGGACGACGACGGGGGCCACGACGCGGUGCUGGCGGCCGCCCGACGCGCCGUCACCCCGCUGCGGGCCCUGCGCGACGCCCUGGCCCGGCACCUGGCCCGCGAGGAGGAGGAGGAGGAGGCCGAAGGCCGCCGUGACGGUGACGACGGUGACGGUGACGAUGGCGACGAGGAGGAAGGGCGGCGCCGAGAGGCCGCCUGAGCGCGCGCUGGGCCGGAAAGGGCCCAGGCGUCCGGGUGCCUUGACCCCACCCCGAUCCCCUCCCCCACCCCAAAAGGGGCCCAGGCAUCCGGGUGACCCCCCCCCCAUCCCCCACCGCAAGGGGCCCAGGCGUCCGGGACCCCCCAAUCUAACCCAUCCCCCACCCAAAGGGCCCAGGCGUCCGGGUGCCUUAACAUCCGCCCAUCCCCCACCCCAAGGGGCCCAGGCGUCCGGGUGACCCCCAAUCUAGCCCAUCCCCCACCCAAGGGGCCCAGGCGUCCGGGACCCCCAAUCUAGCCCAUCCCCCACCCAAGGGGCCCAGGCGUCCGGGACCCCCAAUCUAACCCAUCCCCCACCCAAGGGGCCCAGGCGUCCGGGUGACCCCCAAUCUAGCCCAUCCCCCACCCCAAGGGGCCCAGGCGUCCGGGACACCCAAUCUAACCCCUCCCCCACCCCAAGGGGCCCAGGCGUCCGGGUGACCCCCAAUCUAGCCCAUCCCCCACCCCAAGGGGCCCAGGCGUCCGGGACACCCAAUCUAACCCCUCCCCCACCCCAAGGGGCCCAGGCGUCCGGGACCCCCUAGGACCAACCCCCCCCAUCCCAUCCCCCACCCAAAGGGGCCCAGGCGUCCGGGUGCCUUAACAUCCGCCCAUCCCCCACCCCAAAAGGGGCCCAGGCGUCCGGGACCCUCCAGCCAACCCCAUCCCCCACCCCAAAGGGCCCAGGCGUCCGGGACCCCCAAUCUAACCCCUCCCCCACCCCCCAGGGGCCCAGGCGUCCGGGACCCCCCAAUCUAACCCAUCCCCCACCCAAAGGGCCCAGGCGUCCGGGUGCCUUAACAUCCGCCCAUCCCCCACCCCAAGGGGCCCAGGCGUCCGGGUGACCCCCUAGGACCAACCCCCCAUCCCAUCCCCCACCCCAAAAGGGGCCCAGGCGUCCGGGACCCCCUAGGACCAACCCCCCAUCCCAUCCCCCACCCGAGGGGCCCAGGCGUCCGGGACCCCCAAUCUAACCCCUCCCCCACCCCAAAAGGGGCCCAGGCGUCCGGGACCCUCCAGCCAACCCCUCCCCCACCCCAGGGGCCCAGGCGUCCGGGCCCCCCCCAAGGACCAACCCCCCAUCCCCCCCCCAGGGCGAUUAAUUACCCCCCGCCAUUAAUUAGGGGGGGGAGGGGCGAUUUGAUCACCCCUUCACUCGUUAACAGUUAAUUAACCCCGUAUUAACGGUUAAUUAGCGCUUAAUUAACGGUUAAUUAACAGUCGGCUGAUGGUUAAUAAAGGCUUAAUUACCCCUUAAUUAACAGUCGCCUGAUAAUUAAUAGCUUAUUAGCAGUUAAUUAACAGUCGGCUCAUGGUUAAUUAACGGGUCGGCUAAUGGUUAAUUAAGGAUUAAUCCUUAAUUAACAGCUGAGUGAUGGUUAAUCAGUGCUCGACCGAUGGUUAAUGGUUAAUUAAUGGUUGAUUGAUGGCUUAUUAACGGUUAAUUAAUGGUCGACUGGUGGUUAAUAGUUAAUAAACAGUUAAUUAGCGGUCGGUCGAUGGUUUAUUAAAGGUUAAUUAAUGGUCGACUGGUGGUUAAUAGAUAAUUAACAGUUAAUUACCAGUCGAUCGAUGGUUAAUUAAAGGUUAAUUAAUGGUCGACUGGUGGUUAAUAGAUAAUUAACGGUUAAUUACCAGUCGAUCGAUGGUUAAUUAAAGGUUAACUAACGCUCAACCGAUGGUUAGUGGUUAAUUAACGGUCGAUUCAUGCUUUAUUAAAGGCUAAUUAAUGAUAAACUGAUGGUUCAUGGUUAAUUAACGGCUAAUUAACAGUCAAUCGCUGGUUAAUUAACGGUUAGUUACUGGUCGACUGAGGGUUAGUAGUUAAUUAACGGUCGAUCAAUGGUUAAUUAAUGGUUAAUUAAUGGUCAGCUGAUGGUUAAUAGUUAAUUAAUGGUCGAUUAAUGGCUUAUUAACAGUUAAUUAAUGGUUGAUAGAUGGUUAAUAGAUGAUUAAUGAUUAAUUACCGGUCAAUUAAUGGUUAAUUAAGGGCUAACUAAUGGUGUACCGAUGGUUAAUGGUUAAUUAACGGUCGAUUCAUGGUUUAUUAACGGUUAAUUAAUGGUCGAUUAAUGGUUAAUAGAUAAUUAAUGGUUAAUUAUCGGCCGAUUGAUGGUUAAUUAAAGGUUAAUUAAUGGUCAGCUCAAGGUAAAUAAUUAAUUAGCGGUUAACUAACAGUCAAUGAGGGAUUAAUUAAUGGUUAAUUAAUGGUCAAGUGAUGGUUAGUACUUAAUUAACAGUCAAUUAAUGGUUAAUUAAUGUUUCAUUAAUGGUCGGCUGAUGGUUAAUGGUUAAUUAACGGUCGAUUAAUGGUUAAUUAACACUUAAUUAACGGUCGACUGAUGGUUGAUAGUUAAAGAACGGUUAAUUAACGGCCGGCCAACGGUUACUUAGGGGUUAAUUAACGCUUAAUUAGCGGUCGGCUGAUAGUUCGUUAGCGGUUAAUUAGCGGCGGUCGUUAGGGGCCGGCGGCUGACGAGGACCAAGCAGUUAAUUAGCGCCGCGCGGCUAAUUGCCCCCCCCCGCCCCUCCCCCGCUUUGGGUUUAUUUAAAGGCAAUAAAAGACUCGAGUUAA